AUGGUUCGUUAUAUGCAAACCUCUAGACGUGGAACCAAACGAAAUUCUAAAGAAGCAGCUAAAUCCGAGUCGAAACGUUCAAGAAAGUCAAAGGCGGUUAUUGAUGAAUCCAACUCUUCCUCUCAGGAUUGGAGUGUGAAUACUUCGAACAUCCACAUCAAUCAACUUCCUUCACAUGUUUUGGUUUGUUAA